CAUAUAGCAAUGAGUGAGAGAGGAACAUUUUCUUGGCAGUACUGUGAUUGAGGAAGCUCACAUGUCUUGAUGUCUCUGCUGUUUCAUUUGUGUCUGCCAAUGUGAGGAAACCCCACAAAGGGGUAGAUUUUCUUUGUAGUUUACUAGCUGCAAAUGCCAGAUCUUUUUCUACCUUUUUGUUCUGAUGCUUUUCUUUUUACCAGCUAUGACAGAAGAAGUAACAUAUGCUAAUCUGAAAUUUGAAAACAGCCAUGAACUGGAUAAUAUCACAAAGCCUGAAGAUACUAAGAAAAAAGGGCCUUCCACUUCGUCCCGCUCUUGCUGGCCAGUAGUCCUGAUUUUGCUCACGCUGUGCCUGGCAUUGCUGAUGGCGCUGGUGACCCUGGCAGUUUUAUGUGCAAUUUCUUGUUCAGCUGAGAACAGGCAACCAGGCAAACCAGUUUUCCAGAUUCCCAAGGAUUACAGAAAACAACUGAGAGACCUCAACAUGACAAAGAACGAGCUGCAUGCAAAUUUCUCAAAUACGCUGCAAGCAAUAGGAAAUCAGCUAUGCUUGGAAGGGGAAAAAAACCUUAAAAAUAAUGGCCAGAACUGUGUGCUCUGCCCUGCAAACUGGAAGUGGGAAGGUGGCGAUACGUGUUACUACCACUCCGAGAAAAUGAAGUCGUGGGAGGAGAGUCACCAGUUUUGUUCCUCACGAAACUCUACUCUUCUUCUGAUAAAAGAGCAAGCAAAGCUGAGCUUGGUACAAAAAUUUCCUAGAAAAACAUACUGGCUUGGAUUAAUAUUUAGACCUCAACAGAGAAUCUGGUAUUGGACAGACAACACAGCCCUUACAGAAAAGCAGAAGUCUUGGACAAAGCAGAUAAACUUCCUCCAACCUUGUGGGUAUUUUUAUUAUAGUACCAUAUAUAGCACAACAUGUAAAGAAGAGGUUUACUAUAUCUGUGAAAAGCCCGCCAUCCAAUUACAGCGAGGUAACAACCAUUGGCAAGAGGACUGGUUUGUCAGACCAGAAUGAUUAUGAGGAGCUAGAAGAUGUUCUGCAAGACAUAUGUAACAAUAUCUUCAUACUAAGGAAACGGGCAUGGUGACAGGCUCCAGGAGUGACCCAAGUCUGUCGUUCCAGAUCCAAAACUGCCAAAUGAUUACUCAGUUUUAACCAACAAAAGUGAUGGACAAAAUGGCCAAAAGUGAUGGCUAGGAAAAAAAGCACAGUGACAAGCCAAGCAUGUAAAGAUACUGCUCCUCUCCCAGCAUCCACUGAUACAGUCCUAAUACCGCUUGUCAGUUCAUAGCUGCACAGCUGUACCGUAACGCAAGUGAUGAGGAUUAAACACUUCCAUUCAGGAGAUGCUUCUGAUA